UUUAUAAACAAAGCAAACCGGCAAAAUCAUCUUCCACCUUCCACGGAGGAACCAUGGCCUCCAAGCGCUUUUCUGCCAUGAAAGACUUCGCGCGGAGCAAGAAACCGCGGCUGGAUGUUAGCGUUACCCGCGGAUCAGCGCGUCCCAGUCCACCAAGGAACAACUUCGAUGGAAUUCUCUGGGACGACGAUGACGACGUCAUCCUGAUGGCCACCCAGCUGGCGGAGGCGGAAAUCGAGGCGGAGGAGCGGAAAAAGAAGGGCGGAACAGAGGUGGACAUCAUCGGUCACAGCGAGGUUACCUUCAGUGAGUUCGCACCCACUUUUCAGGGCUCCACCAGCACACAGCAAAUGUUUCCGCCCCCACCGCCGCCGCAAAAGAAGACUACUUCUCUGGACAUGGAUGCCAUUUUCGGGGAUGAUGACGAUUUUGAUUUUCUGGCCGUUACCCUCAUCGACAGCGAGCCCCAAAAGAUGCCGGCGCCGGAGCCCAGCACCAGCAAGAUUACUACCUCUAGCAUCAGCGUUCAGCAGAAAACCACGACCAUGACCAUCAAUGCUACACAAUCCCGCCAGCAGGAACACCAGCUAAAGUUCCUCAUGGAUAGGAUCGAAGCCCUCAAGCGCGACAACGCGCAGAUGGAAAAGAAUUUGGGAGACAGUAAGGAACGCAAUGAGAUCAAGUCGGGUGAGGUUUCCUUACUUCGUGAUGAGCUAAAGCACUUGCGCCAGCAGCUGCAGGCCAGCAAAAUGGAAAAACUCGCUUUGGCCGACGAAACGAAUCGAGACUGUAACAAAAAAGUGGCGGAGGCGGCCAAGCAAAUUGCGGCCAAGGACAUCGAGUUGAAGAUCAAAAAUGCCGAGUACUCAAAGUUGAAGACACAGCAAAAAGCCCAUGAAAGAAGUAUGAAUUCCAGCAUGAUCAGUUUUCAGGCUGCUCCGGAUCCAUUGGAGAAAAGGUCCUCACUUCGCUUGAAUAGGCUUAACAUACACAGAUCUGUGCCCGGACUAAAAACCGAUAAUGGCAGUGUGUUCGAAUGCAGAGAAGAUGAGGAACAGACUAAGAAACGGAGAAACCUGUUUGAGCUGGAAUUGAAGCAACUGCUGCUUUACUACGCUCAGCUGCAAGCGCAGCCGGAAUCUUUGGACAACCUCCUGCCAAGAAUACUCAAAUCGGUCGGCAAGGUAUUCACGGAGUUUGCUGCAUAUGCUCAAAGCUUGGACUUCCCACACAACUGCAUGUUAUAUCCCUACAAUCCCCACAACCUAGAAGAGGAAGUUCAUCGCAUUUCCCUCUCUCAGCAGAGCAGUUUGUAUGCUAACGAAAAGGCUGUGCCGUUGCGUCGCUACAUGGCUACUUUGGCAUUGAUUUGCCGGCAAGAGGAAAGGAUUUCUAGGGGUCUGCUGGAGUGGAAAGAAAAUGAUUUGGGACUGCUAGAGAUGGCUGUGGAAGCAAUUAUAAAACUUGGAUUUUCCUAUGAGGUCAGCAAAUAUUUUGGGUUGCUGGAAGCCUUGACUUCCCUCCUAAAUAGCCUCCUGCAUGGAAAUUGCCUUCUUCAACAUAAUGAGGAGCUACUCUUUGAUCUGCUUAAGCAGCUUGUUUUUACUCGUCCCAGUCCAUGGGUGUUUGCUGAGCUUAGCUCCUGCCUUUUAACCUGCCUUCGACAUCCCCAACUUAUGGUUAAAAUGUGUGUAAAUAGUCCCAAGGACUGCUUCGUGUCGGAUCGCGUUCGCUCCGUUUAUCGAUUUGGCCCCGACUCCUGUUUGCUUCAGGUCUACGCGGGCUUACUCGAGCUAUGCUUCUUUAGUGAAACUCCUCUGCGGCAGGACUACUUUCAGUUGAUGCUCAAAAUCGGAGGAAAUCAUGUACGCUUUGCUUUCGAGUGCUUCAAGAACCCACCGGACUUCAUACUUGAAAUGCUGCCGUACUUUGCGGAUGAUGGCGAAGAGGAGUCCAGCGAUGGUACUCUGAUGAAAACCGCCACCAGUCUGAGCUGCAGCUCCACAGGAGCCGUGCAUGGAUCGGCCUCCAACGGCUCGACUUCAGCGUCCGUUUCGAACUUGAAUCAAAAUGCAAAUUCAAGUACAACGCUGCGCGGCAAGGGCUGCGAGUGCUAUGUAAAGUUGUGCCUCAGUGCGGUAACCAUUGUCUUUCAGGUGAUGCACCAAUGGAUGCUGCACAGCAGGAAAGCAGGCACCGAAGAAGUUGGCGAGAUUUCCCGCAUCGCGGUGCACCUUCUGUCCCUCGUCUUCCAUGAGUACUACCUCACCUGCCUGUUCCGCGACUCCGAGGAGACGACCAAACACUACCUCAGCCUCAUAUGCAACUGGUGGAGCGAGCAUGCAGACCUACUUGGCUUUCAGCCAAUACAUUUGCGCUUGUUAAACCAACUGGUUAAAGCCCAUUUCAUGCUUAAACCCCUUCACCUGGAGGCAAAGCCCAAUAAUCCAGCCAACGACCUAUCCGAAUGGAAGCGCAUUGUCAAGAAUGCGGAUGCCCAAAAGACUGCGAAGUCGGCUGUGACAGUUGAUCCUAGUAAAUUACUCGACACCGACUUUUUUGGUGCCCUUAAACGGGAGGAGGACACUUUUGAGUAGUUAUAAUUUGCUUAGUUAUGACAUUAUAGUAAUAGCUUUAAAGUUACUAGUAGAUAAGAUGUUAAUUUAUUGUGAAGUUUCAACUGGUUUGUUAACAAAUUGGAAAAAGCUCAUUGCAUAAAUGUGGAGUUUUAUCUACGCAUAUCAAAAUACAAAUUUGUAAUUCU